AUGGAGGCUGAGGAGCCCCAGCAUGGAGCCUCCACUCCCCUCCCUGCGGUAGAAGAAUUCAGAAUUAUCCCUGAAGCUAUCAUGAGGAGCAGCCAAAUCCCCACCAUGGAGCUUGAAGCCCAAGAAGACCAGGACCCAUCUUAUAAGUGGGCCGAGGGACAUAGACUCUUGUUGAUCCAGCCAAGAGGGUUACAGGACAUGACUGACUCUGUAGAGGAGGGCAUGCCCUCUUUCUCAGAGGAAAGUUCUGCAGAUGUGGAGACCAACCAGGAAAGCCUUGUGGCGGAGGCCUAUGAUACCCCAGGACACCAGGAGGCAGUACCCCAGAGCCUGGCAGACAGAGGACCAAUGAUACCAGCUCCCCCAGAGCUCUGGACCUGCCCCGUCCAGGGUGAACAGCUAGACAAGUUCUCAAUAUCCAGUGACCUGGGCUGCAGAAUAGAGGUGGAAUUUCAGCCAGACCUCACUUCUUUGACAUUGGGGUCUAGAGAAGCGAAAGAGAAGGAGGCACCCUCUCCCGACACCUUUGCUCAGACUGUAUUUUGGCUUCCCUGUGAAGAGCACCCUGCAGACAUGAGCCAGACUCAGGGCUCUAGAGGUGGAACUGUCAGCCAGAAGGAGGAGCAGGAAAGUCAAGGGGGAGAAGAGCUCUUACAGCCCCAGGAGACUCUGGGGCUAGAGGAGCAGGAACAAUAUGAAAUGGAAUCUCAGGGGAAAGGGGUUCUGGGGGAGGAUGCUUGUUCUGGUGGGCUUUGGGAGGAGCAGGAACAGAUAGUGGAGCAGGCUAAUGGUAAAGAGGGGGUACACGGGCAAAAACAGGAGCAGGUACAAGAUGGUGUGUCGCUUGGAGGACGAGAGAGAGAGAGACUCAGUGGGGAACUGGAGGUUCUGAACUGUGGUGAGCAGGGUCAAGAGGGGAGGGAGAGGAAAGCCCAGGGUCAGGGAGACCUCGAAGAGGGGGGACAGAGGAAGAGGGAGUUGAGGGGGCCUGAAGAAAGUAGGGUGGACUCUCAAUACAUGGAGAAUCUAAGCUUAGUGGGGAAGUCAGAGGAAGGACCUGGAAAACAAGAUAAGAGUCUAAAGGGGAAAGUGAUGGCGGCAGAGGAGGAGGAGCCAGGGAGCUGGGCUGGGGGUGGGCUGGGGGCGGUGGGAGAUGAGAGGAGCACAGAAGAGGAGCAAGGUACUCAUUGUCCUUCCCUCCUAGCUCUGGUAGCCCCUGAGGACCAUUCUCCCUGUGACUUACUUCCAGAUGCCUUUUGUCCCGUGACCCAGAUUCCUCAGACUGAGGAACUAUCCCCCAAAGCUCUAACCUCUGCAUUGGAGCCAAGAAGACACUUGCCCCAGCCCAUUUCUCUACCUGGCUCCUCUCCUACUGCAGAGUCACUGGACAGUAUAGUAGCUCACAGUGACCAGCAAGAAGAGUCCGAGCUGAAGAAGAGGCCAGUGUCCAGCCAGGAGACUGAGAUGAUCUCUGCCCGUACAUCUGUGACUCCUGCAAGGACACCAGAGUCAGCUGCUUUUAGUUCUUCUGAAGUCUCCCCCGUCACAGCUGCCUUAUCAUCUGAGAGUCCCUCAAUCGGCUUUCCUAGGAGGGAGACCCCAAGAACCUCUUUCUCAACUGACACCCUAUCUCCCUGUGGGGCAUCGGAGACUCCCUUGGUGGCCCUUCACAGCUCCCUGUCUGCAGUGACCACCCAGGACCACACCUCCGAUGGGGCCAGCCCUCAUAGCUCCCCAGCCAAUUGCAGUGGGACCAUCCAACACCUAAGGAGCAACUCCUUCCCAGGGUCCCACAGGACAGUGCAGACUCCAGACCUGGUGGGAAUGUCACUUUCUUUCUCCCAUUCAGAAUUACCCCAGAGGCCCCCCAAACCUGCCAUUUAUGGCUCUGUGACCCCAAGAAGGGACAGAAGAAGUAGUAGGGACUGCAGCGUAAUUUCAGAAUUCCCUUCUGCAUUAUCCACCCUGAGGCAGGACUCGCAAGAGUUCACUUCAAGUCCAGAGAGACCCUGCAGUCCUCAUAGCAGCCAGCCAUGGGGCUCUCUCCCAAAUUCAGCUUUUACUCCAGGGUCUCCUGCCUACAGUUCUUCCCCACCCACAGUCUCCAUGGAGAUGAGGAUCCAUGAAUCUCUGAACCCUCCUCCCCUAGAGAAGAGACACAUCCACUCUUCCAUGGUGGAGAAAGAUGGCCAUCUUUCUACCGUGGUCCCCACAGUAAAGCGACAUAGCCAUCCUCUUUCAUUGUCCCCAAGUUCAGAGAUACAUGGUUCUCCUAAAGGCCCCCUUCCGCAAAUUCCUGACCCCCUUGUGUCAAGGCAACACCGACCUCUGCCAUCUACCCCAGACAGUGCCCCCCUUACUCAGACCUCUCUCCCCCACAGGCUGAGAUACAACAAGCCAUUACCCCCUACUCCUGAUAUGCCCCAGUCCCACCAUUCUCCCAUCUCUUCUUCUAGUAACCCAAGGAUCUACAGGCCUCUACCCCCUGUCCCCAUUAUGAAUCCUUCCACCGAACCUCCUCCAUUGCCCCCAAAGUCUCGGGGUAGGAGCAAGAGUACUCAAGGAGGACUUGUGAAUUCAGGGGGUCAAGCCAAACCAAGACCCAUUGGCCAAGACUGGACCAUCUCCACUCCCCCCUCUACUGGACGCACCUCUUGGCCUCCAGCCACAGGCAGAUCAACCGAGUCUUUGGCUUCCACCAGUAGGAGCAAGAGUGAAGUGUCCUCUGGCAUGGCCUUCAGCAACAUGACAAACCUUCUAAGUCCCUCUUCCCCUACUACUCCUUGGACUGUGGAGCUCCAAAAGCCCACCACCAAGGAUGAACCCGCGCUCUCAGGGGAGCCCGAGGGCCAUGUAAGAGGAGUGUUGAGAAGAUCAGACCCCCAGGAGGGAAGCAAUGGCCAAAGGAGGUCUUCUGUUUGCCCAGCGAGGCAGCCAGAAAAGCCCAGCCAUCCCCAGCUGGAGAAGGCCUCCAGCUGGCCCCACAGGCGGGACACAGGGAUUCUGCCAGAGGGCAGCGGUGGACAGACUGGGGGGCGUGGCGAGGGGUCCAACAAACACAAGGGCUGGAACCGGCAAGGCCUGCGCAGACCUUCCAUCUUGCCUGAGGGCUCUGCAGAUUCAAGAGGUUCAGCCAUGGGCAGAUCUCCUGGACCCACAGAUGCCGUUGUUUUCCGGGAGAAGAAACCAAAGGAGGGGACAGGAGGCUUUUCAAGACGCCGCUCUAAGCUCAUCAACUCCUCCCAGCUACUUUACCAGGAAUACAGCGAUUUCUUUCUGAACAAGGAGAUUCAGAGCCAGCAGCGGCUGGACAGCCUGGCAGAGGCCCCUGGGCCCACCUCCCCGCGGCAGCCUCGGAAGGCGCUGGUGUCCUCAGAGUCCUACCUGCAGCGCCUCUCCAUGGCUUCCAGUGGCUCCCUCUGGCAGGAAAUCCCUGUGGUGCGCAACAGUGCUGUGCUGCUCUCCAUGACCCACGAAGACCAGAAACUGCAAGAGGCCAAAUUUGAGCUGAUUGUGUCAGAGGCCUCAUACCUACGCAGUCUACAUGUAGCUGUGGAUCAUUUCCAACUUUCAAGCCAACUCAGGGCCACCCUUUCCAACCAGGAGUACCAGUGGCUCUUCUCUCGGUUACAGGAUGUUCGAGACGUCAGCACCACGUUCCUUUCAGACCUUGAAGAGAACUUCGAGAACAACAUCUUCUCUUUCCAAGUUUGUGAUAUAGUCCUGAACCAUGCUCCAGACUUCCGCCGGGUCUACCUGCCUUAUGUCACCAACCAGACCUAUCAAGAACGCACCUUCCAAAGUCUGCUGAAUAGCAACAGCAAUUUUCGAGAGGUCUUGGAGAAGCUGGAGAGUGACCCCAUCUGCCAACGCCUUUCCCUCAAAUCCUUUCUGAUUCUGCCCUUCCAGCGCAUUACCCGUCUCAAGCUGCUGCUCCAGAACAUUCUGAAGAGGACACAACCUGGCUCCUCAGAAGAAGCAGAGGCCACAAAGGCCCACCAUGCCCUGGAGGAGCUGAUCCGAGACUGCAAUAAUAAUGUCCAGAGGAUGCGCCGGACAGAGGAACUGAUCUACCUGAGCCAGAAGAUUGAAUUUGAGUGCAAAAUAUUCCCACUCAUCUCACAGUCUCGCUGGCUGGUGAAGAGUGGGGAACUGACAGCCCUAGAGUUCAGCGUCUCCCCAGGGAUGCGAAGGAAACUGAACACACGUCCAAUCCAUCUGCACCUCUUCAAUGACUGCCUGUUGCUGUCCCGGCCCCGAGAGGGUAACCGAUUCCUGGUAUUUGACCAUGCUCCCUUCUCCUCCAUCCGGGGGGAGAAGUGUGAAAUGAAGCUACACGGACCACACAAAAACCUCUUCCGCCUCUUCCUGCGGCACAACACACAGGGCACCCAGGCCGAGUUCCUCUUCCGCACAGAGACUCAAAGUGAAAAGCUUCGCUGGAUCUCAGCCCUGGCCAUGCCAAGAGAGGAGUUGGAUCUGCUGGAGUGUUAUGACUCCCCACAAGUCCAGUGUCUUCGCGCCUACAAGCCCCGAGAGAAUGACGAGUUGGCACUAGAGAAGGCCGACGUGGUGAUGGUGACUCAGCAGAGCAGCGAUGGCUGGCUGGAAGGUGUGAGGCUCUCAGACGGGGAGCAAGGCUGGUUCCCUCUGCAACAAGUGGAGUUCAUUUCCAACCCAGAGGUCCGUGCGCGGAACCUGAAGGAGGCCCAUCGAGUCAAGACUGCCAAACUACAACUGGUGGAACAUCGCGCCUAGCUGUUCCCUGAGAGGAAUCUCACGAGCCUAAGAACAAGCUGUUCAUGGAGACGGCUGCCCUCUGAACCUGCUGCAGAGGCUUUCUGUGGACCAAGAACUAAGUCCAAGGACAAAACCCCGUUAACCCAGCCACUCAUCCCAGGCCUCCUUUUCUGUGCUUUGUGCUUGGUGGGGGGAUGUUGAGGGACUUCACACUGGACUCUGGGAUCCUUUUUUCAUAGGAAAAGGGCCUGAAAAGCCUUAUUCAGGGAACUUUACUUCUGCUACCAUACGGUCCUAAAGCAUCCUUGGCUUCCAGAGUGCAGAUUUAGACCCGGCCCAAGUUCCAGUCAUGGUCACAUGUUCAACACUCUGACCUCAGGCCACUGGAGGACAAUGUUCAAGAGGGAUUGACACAUCAGAUGGGAAGGUCAAGCUGGUGACCUCUAAGGUAUCUUUCAGCCUCAGAGUCUCCGCAGUUGUUGGUGUGAACGCCGCGCGUGCGUCGCUGAGAUCUGUGUCUCUGGGUGGCAAUGUGAGGGGGUACUCUCUUGCCAUAAUAAACACUUCUCUGAGUGUUUUCUUUUCAGA